AUGGACAAGUAUAAUCAGCCAGGUACAUCAGGUAUGAAAAGACCGAGCACUUUAUCUGAAAAUCUGCUUGGAAAGAAAGUGUUACGCUUAGAAAACUCCUUAGUUGAAGAUGAAAUCACUGAUUUUCUAAUGGUUUCUGAUGAAUCAGACACUGAAGAUGACAUUGCUGAUUGUUUGAUAUCCGAAGAAAAACUUUUGCGAGACCAUGAAAGUGACGAAGAAAAUUUGGUACCAUUGGCAGCUGAGGAAGAAACUAAUAGUGAAAAUAAAGGUCAAAGUGUUUCGGAUGACGAUAUUCCACUUUCAAACCUUCGCAGACAAAAAUAUUAUUACAGUAAAAAUCGCUUCAAAUGGGCAAUGAAUCCGCCGUCGGGUAGAACAAGUCGCACACCACAAUACAAUAUAAUAUCUAUUAGAAAUACUACAUCAUUGUUAUCAACGGAUGACCAAAAGGAUGUGUAG